UAUGUUAUCAGUAAGGUACAAAUCUGCCGAAGUAUAGUCUAUUCAUAUUCGCUUCAUUCAUUUUGUAAUUAUUCAGUACCCUGUUGCUGUAUGCAGGUAAUAAUUUCUGUGCUGCACAUACAACCAUUCAAAUACUCUAGUGUGCCAUUUUUUCAUUCAUAAUUACAUUGUAUUUAAAAAUAACCGCGUUGUAUGUUAUCUGAUAAGUGUUUAUAAAUGAAUCUCCAUGUGUAUCUCAGUGUUUUAUUAUUUUCUGGAAUCUUCGAACAAAUCACUUCAAUUAACUUGGAUAAUUAUGUAGAAAAUUUCAAAGCCUUUACAGUAGCAACUAAUGAGACAGAUGGCUACAGACAAUUCAUUAGAUCUACAAAAUUUUAUCAAAUUCCGAUAGAAGUGCUGGGAUUUGGAAGCGAAUGGAAAGGAGGCGAUAUGAAUGGCCCUGGUGGGGCUUACAAAGUUAAUUUACUGAGAGAAGCUAUAAAACCAUACAAAGAUGAUAAAGAAAGAAUAAUUAUCUUCACUGACAGUUACGACGUCUUGUAUUUAUCACCAGUUCAAGAUAUUGUGUCGAAAUUCCUAUCCAAAGAUGCUGGCAUAGUUUUUAGCGCCGAAAAAUGGAUUUGGCCUAGUAGAGAAAUGGAAGCUGAAUACCCUGAUGUGAAAGAUGGGUAUAGAUUUUUAAAUUCUGGAGGUUUUAUUGGGUAUGCUGAUCUGAUUUAUAAAUUACUUGACACUAAGCCUGAUAUCAACAAUGCUGAAGAUGAUCAACUUUUUUAUACUUCUUGUUACGUGAAUCAAGAACUGCGUGAUUUACUCAGAAUUAAAUUAGAUCAUAAAGCUGAAAUAUUCCAAAACUUGAAUGGAGCCUCUGGGGACAUUCAACUAGUUCCAAAUGGCAAUAAACUCGAAAUUGUGAAUAUAAAAUAUAACACGAAACCACUGCUGUUACAUGGUAAUGGAUAUUCUAAAUUUGUCGAAUUUCGUACCCUGACUAAUUAUUUGGCUGGCCGAUGGUUGCUGGAUGAAGGCUGUAAACAUUGCGAUGAAAGCAGAAUCAAUCUUCAGAGUUUAUCUAUUAGCAAUUAUCCAACAAUCGUUAUUGCUAUUUUCAUUCAAAAACCUACACCAUUUAUUGAAGAAUUCUUGGCAAAAAUUGUGAAUCAAAGUUAUCCUAAAAGAAAAAUUCAUUUGUUCAUUCACAACGAAGUACUUUAUCAUGUGCCAGAAAUUGAAAAAUUCAUUGCCGAAAAUAAAGAGAAAUAUCGCAGCAUAAAAUCAGUCUCUCCAUCCGAUCAAAUUGAUACAGUGACAGCUCGAAAUUUAGCCAUAGAUUUAUGUUUGAGAAAAUCAUGUGAUGGAUACCUGAAUGUGGACAGCGAUGCUCAUUUAGAUCUCCAGGAUACUUUGGCAUCUUUAGUAGAAUUAAAUCGAACUGUAGCUGCGCCUAUGCUAAUUAGGCCUUUCAGAGCAUGGUCCAACUUCUGGGGUGCUUUGGAUAAAAAUGGAUACUACAAACGGUCGUUCGACUAUAUGGAUAUUGUGAAUCGUAAAAAAAGAGGAUUAUGGAAUGUGCCGUAUAUUAGCAGUUGCUAUUUGAUCAAUGCAACCAUACUGAACAGUGAGCUAUUGAGGCCUCAAUACUCAUAUCGUGAUUUGGACUAUGAUAUGGCAUUUUGCGCUCAAAUGAGGAUCAAAGAUAUCUACAUGCACGUGGACAACCGGAAAGAUUUUGGACACUUGAUCAAUCUAGAAGGAUUUGAUGUCACUAAAAAAAAUCCAGAAGUGUAUGAAUUAUUUGCAAAUAAAUGGGAUUGGGAGCAAAGGUACUUGAACUCUGAAUAUCAUAAAAAUUUUGAACCAGAAACAGAACUGUUGCAACCCUGCCCAGAUGUUUAUUGGUUCCCAAUUGUUAGCGAAAGAUUUUGUAAAGAGUUUAUAGAAAUAAUGGAAAAUUUUGGAAAAUGGUCUGAUGGAUCUAAUAAUGAUACAAGAUUGCAAGGUGGUUAUGAAGCUGUGCCUACCAGAGAUAUUCAUAUGAACCAAGUAGGCUUACAUGAUCAUUGGUUAGAAUUUUUGAAAUCCUAUGUCCAACCUCUGCAGCAAAAAAUUUUCAUUGGAUAUAAUAAUGAUCCUCCCAGAUCAUUAAUGAAUUUUGUAGUGCGCUAUAAACCUGAUGAACAACCUUCUCUCAGACCUCAUCAUGAUUCGUCCACAUACACAAUUAAUAUUGCUUUGAACAGACCAAAUAUUGAUUACGAGGGAGGUGGAUGCAGGUUCUUGAGAUAUGACUGUGAAGUAACCAAAAUGAAAUUAGGAUGGAUGUUGAUGCAUCCUGGUAGAUUUACUCAUUACCAUGAAGGAUUACUAGUGACUAAAGGAACCAGAUAUAUUAUGAUUUCGUUUGUUGACCCUUGAUCUCAACAAUAGUUCAGCAGUAUACUGCCAUUGCCAUAUCAAAAGACAAUUUGAUGUAUCAAAUGUGUUGAUCAAAGUGCCAUUCAUGACUUAUUGAAAUUAAGAUUGUGUAUUUGAACAAACUCUACUAAUGGACUUUCACUUUAUAGUUUUGUCUUCCAGGUGCUAUUAUCUUGCCUUUUGAGAGUAUUUUACCAGCAUCUACAUGUUCAUGUUGUUUAGUCAUUAAUAAAAUUAGUCAUUUUAUUUUAAAUAUCUAUUCUUUUUUAAGAAACUUUGACGGUGAUUUCCAAAAGAUUGCAUUUAUGUUUUUUUAAAUUCUACAUAUGAAUACUUUUUACCAAUAAGGCGCGUAUUACCUACUUACUUAAUAAAUAAUGAUUGUUCUAAUAUUACACAUUCAAAUUUUUAUGUUUGUCCUUGAACAAUGAGUGAAUGAACCUAUUGAAAAAUGUAUCUAUUUAUUUAUUUUGAGUAUUUUUGAUUUUAUUGUAUAGGUACUACCAAUAAAUUCAAGAUUCAUGAUUUACUAA